AUGAGACAGCGACAUACUCCCCCAGACACUCCUAUAUAUUCAUCUUCGCAGCCACAGCAGCAAUCUCAGCAGCAGCAGCAGCAGCAGCAACUGCAGCAGCAGCAGCAGCAACUGCAGCAGCAGCAGAACUUUCAACUGCUGCAGCAACAACACCGUCAGCUGCCGCAGCAGCAACACCGACAUCAGCAGCAGCGGCAUAAGCGGCAUCAUCAGCCGCAACAACAGCAGCUGCGACAGCAGCAGCAUCAGCUGCAGCAGCAGCAGCAGCAGCAGCAGCGUCUUCAGCCGCACCACCAGCAGCGGCGGCGGCAGCAGCAGCAAGGCAACAGCGUGCCGCAUCAGCACAGGGAGAGUAGCUGCAGCGACUCCCUUGAAGCUUCUUUAUCGCCACACUUAUCACUAUGCGCAGCGGGGCCGUCUCUAUUCCAGAUCGAAGAAGACACAGCACCGCAGCAGCAGCAGCAGCAGCAGCAGCAGCAGCGAUGGCGCCUCAGCAGUCCUGAGAGCAGCGCUUCCUCCUCUCCCGACAGCACAUCCUCCCUGACCGAGCUGCAUCAGCAGCAUCAGCAGCAGCAGCAGCAGCAGCAAGAUCAGCAGCAGCAGCAGCAGCAAGUGCAGCAGCAGCAGCAGCAGCAGGAGGAUGAGGAAAAUGCUGAAGAGGAGAGCAGCUACAACAGCACUUUUGUCGAUGUACAAGAAGAAACAACGCCAGUGCUAGUAUUUGGUAGAUGCCGUUCUAGUGAUGAGUGGAGGAACAGCAGCAGCAGCAGCAGCAGCAGCGAUGAUUCUUGCUUAGGGGGGGCGAGCUGCCCCCCGCCCCACAAGCAUUCCUUAGACAACAAAGAUGCAGCAGCAGCAGCAGCUGCUGCUGCUGCUGCUGCAGCAGCAGCAACCCACUGCGCAUGCCCCUUCUGGAGGCGCAGCAGAGGAGAAGACAAACAAGAAGCUGUUGAUGAGGGGCCGUGGAUUAGAGAGGCAGUCCGCUACAUGGAGCUGGUUGUGGAGAGCAGCAGCAGCAGCAGCAGCAGCAGCAGCAGCAGCAGCAGCAGCAGCAGCAGCAGCAGCAGUUGCUGCUGCAGCGGAGAUACCAGCGCAGCGGCAGCGGCAGCAGCAGCAGCAGCAGCUUCUACAACAGCUGCCUGCAGCAGCAGAAAUAAACACCGUCUUUCAAUGUGCACGCGCAGCUUAGAAUUAAAUCAGCAGCAGCACUUGCUGCUGGAGGCGCAGCAGGAGGCAGCCUUGAGGAGGCCCCGCUGCAACACAGCAACAGCAGAUAUGCCGCUAGGGAGGACAUCAGAGAGAGCAGAAGCAGCAGGAGCAGCAGCAGAAGAUGAAAGCGAAGGGGCUUCGCUGCAGCGUGUUCAUCUCCGCGUGCUGCAGCUAUACCAGCAGCUGCAGCAAAUUGCAACGCAGGUUAGAGCGGAGGAGUGCGACUGCACACAUUGCCCUUGCAUCCAGCAGCAGCAGCAGCAGCAGCAGCAACAGCAGCAGCAGCAGCAGCAACAGCAGCAGCAGGAGGAAGAAGAGGGAAAUACAAAGGCAGCCUGUGUGCGGGGCAGCAAGGAUAACUCCCGCACAUGCAGCAGCAGCAGCAGUAGCACCAACACUGGCAGCAGCAGCAGCAAAAGCAGCAGCAGCAGCAGCAGCACCAACACUGGCAGCGGCAGCAGCAAAAGCAGCAGCAGCACCACCACCAACACUGGCAGCGGCAGCAAGAGCAGCAGCAGCACCAACACUGGCAGCAGCAGCAGCAAGAGCAGCAGCAACAGCAGCAGCAGCAGCAGCAGCAGCAGCAGUGGCAGGUUAUGCGCGUGCUGCGCAUUUAGCUCGCCUUUACGGAUAGGCGCAGCUCUGUCUCACCUUUACAGUGAAAACCCUGCCCGCUUCUCUUUGCUGCUGCAUGAUUCAGUGCUGCUAGCGCUGCUGCCGCUGCAGCGGCAUGCUGCUGCUGCACUUGCUGAUGCUGUGCUGCAGCAACCCUCUCCCCUAGCUAGCCUACUUGGUGAUGGGAGUCUCUGCUCGCGCCUACUCGAAGAGACAGCUGAAGCAACAGCAGCAGAAGUGGUGGCUGCGGGGGCGGCCAGCUGCUGCAGCAGCUGCAGCAGCAGUGGCAGCAGUGGCAGCAGCAGCAACCGCAGCAGGUCGCAACAGCAGCAACCGCAGCAGCAGCGUUAUGGUGCGUCGGGCGUAUUUACGCGUCAUGCAGCAGCAGCUGCUGCCCUGAGCCAGAAGCACAACAACAGAUGCACCUCUAUCACCAGCAUUAGCUGCAGCAGCAGCAGCAGCAGCAUGCUGGAGUCUCUGAGGAAGAUGAAGCGCCGCUCAUGGCCAGGGACACAAGCGCAGCCAAGCCUCGCUGUUGCUGCUUCCAGCUACAGCUGCUGCGGAGCACCGCUCUGUAGACACAAGAGAGCAGCAGCAAAGAGGUUUCUAGAGAGGCAGCAGCGGCAGCAAGCAAUGCAGACGAAGUCGCAGCACCUGCAGCAGCACCAGCAACAGCAACAGCACCAGCAACAGCAGCAGCACCAGCAACAGCAGCAGCAACAGCACCAGCAACAGCAGCAGCAGCAGCAGCAAGACCAGCAACAGCAGCAGCAAGACCAGCAACAGCAGCAACAGCAAGACCAGCAACAGCAGCAGCAGCAAGACCAGCAACAGCAGCAGCAGCAAGACCAGCAACAGCAGCAGCAGCAAGACCAGCAGCAGCAGGCCUCUGACAAAGACGCAAAGGCCCUAUCUAAGACCCUCAAGAGGGUGUCUAGAGAGCAGCAGAGUGCUUCAUCAUCUGCGGAAGGGGUAGCAGCUGCAAAGCCAGCUGCAGCCGCUUUCGGGGCUGAUGCAGCAAAUGCUUCUGCUGCUGCAGCAGCUGAUAUUGCUGCUGCUGUAGCUGAUGAUGCUGCUGCUGUAGCUGAUGAUGCUGCUGCUGUAGCUGGUGAUGCUGCUGCUGUAGCUGAUGAUGCCGCUGCUGCUGCAGCAGGUACUGCUGCUGCUGUAGCUGAUGAUGCUGCUGCUGCGGUAGCCGAUGAUGCUGCAGCUGCUUCUGCAGCAGAUAAUGAAACCGCUGCUUCUGCAACAGAUAAUGGAACUGCUGCAGCAGAUGGAGCUGCUGCUUCUGCAGCAGCGGGAGGUGCUGCUGCUGCAGCAGCAGCAGAUGAAGCUUCUGGGGGGGAAGGGUUGAGUAGAAGCUGUUCCGCGCGUUCUUCUGGUGAUUGUGGUGCUGAGAGCUUCCCGACGGCAGCAGCAGCAGCAGCAGCAGCAGCAACAGCAACAGCAACAGCAGCGGGGAAGUGUGCAGGUUGCGCUCGUAUCCAGCAGCAGCUGCGUCUGUUUAACAGCAGCACGGAGCCUCCUUUAUCUCUGGGGCAGUAUGUGACGCGUUUGCAGCAUUUAGCUUCAGCAACAGAGCAUGAGAUGCUGAUGGCAUUGCUGCUGCUGACACACCUGCAGCAGCGGCAGCAGCAGCUAGUACUGUCGAAGCGUAAUGCACAUCGUUUGCUGCUAGCAGCACUUGUUCUUGUCUCAAAGGUUGUAAGAGACACACAUACCCCUUUAGCUCUCUGGGCUUUAGUUGGUGGGGUUCCUCCGCGAGAAUUAGCUGCAUUAGAAGUAGCGUUGUUAGAGUUGGUUGGACAUCGUGUAUCAUUCUCCUUUCCUGAGUUUGCUGCUGCUUAUUGCUUAGCAGCAGCUCUUGCAUGCUUGAAGCAGCAGCAGAAUAAGCACCAACAAAAAAUGCAGCAGCAGCAAAACCUGCAGCAGCAGCAGAUUCUGCUGCUCAAAGACACCCCAUCAAGUAAUUCAUCUGGGGGCCCCGCAGACGAGGAGGAGGGAGAUGAAGCAGCAGCAGCAGCAGCAGCAGCAGCACCAACAGCAGCAGCAGCAGCAGCAGCAGGAGCUGCUGCAGCAGCUGCUGCUCCCGACAAGACAAAGAACAUCAACAAGAAUAUCAACAGCAGCACUAACAUCAAGAAAGAGCUGAAUGAAUGUGAAGGCGCUUCGGCUGAGGCUGAGUGCAGCACAAAGAUAAACAGAAUGACAUCAUCAGAAGCAAUUCUUAAUAAUGCUUCUUCUAAAGAAGCAUCAUUGGCAUGCAGCAAUUCAGAAGGAAGCCCUAUCGUAUGCAUGCGGUGUACGCACACUGUUGCUGCCUUACCGAGACCCGCUCUCAAGACAAACCCUAUUUUAAGACGUCUCGUGGAGAUGCAGGGAGAAGCCACUUGGCUCUGA